AAACCGAGACGCGUCGCGGUUGCGGGGAGCAGACUUUCCGGGGGCGCGGGAAGCGCCACCCGGGAAUCUCCCCAUCAGCGGGCGUUUGGCGCAGCCAAGCGACAGGCUGGCGCCAGGGCUCAGCAACAGGGAGGCGCCGGCUGAGGCGGGGAGAACUUUGCGCUCCGAGCAGAACCACCCUUUGCUGGCCAGUCGCGUCGCUCCGCCGAGGAAGCAGGCGGCGGCGGCCACUGGGCGGAAAGGGGAGCGGAGCAAGGAAGGGAGGAAGUAGCGAGACAGGAAGAAAGAUGAAGCCAGCGCUGGGGGGCCCCGCCGGAGGGUGGCCGACGGCGGAGCAAGGACGAUUUGGCUUGUUUUUCCCACCCCGGGCGUGAACGCCUUCUCCUGAGCGACCCCAAGGAAAUAAGGGGGUCUCGCCCGGGCAGAAAAGGGAAAGAAAAGAAUCCAAGUGAGCGCAUCGCCUCCUGAGUCGCGUUGGCCCCUAGGAACUCGGGCCGCCUCUCAGCCCAACCUCCCCGCGUGGCCGGACGCAGUGCCCGAGCCGCCCUGCAGAUGGGGCGGGCAGAGAACGGGCGUCCAAGCCGCGGGUGACCAGCGCCGGCCCGCCCGCCUGCCUGGCUCCGCGCAGGGACCGGGCGGGCGGAGGAUGCGCGGCGGAGGGACCUGGGCGCGCUAGGCUCCAACUUGAAUGGCCCCGGGACCGCUUCGGCUCCUGGGAGCGCUUCGCCGCGAGGAGUGAGCCGCCGGCGGGACCUGGGGGCGGAGACGUGAGGCGGCGGCUGCAGGGGGGCGAGCCGGGCGCACGAGGGGGCGCGCUUUCUCCCUGCGGGUCUCAGUAAUGAGGAGACUGAGUUUGUGGUGGCUGCUGAGCAGGGUCUGUCUGCUGCUGCCGCCGCCCUGCGCUCUGGUGCUGGCCGGGGUGCCCGGAUCCUCCUCGCACCCGCAGCCCUGCCAGAUCCUCAAGCGCAUCGGGCACGCGGUGAGGGUGGGCGCGGUGCACUUGCAGCCCUGGACCACGGCCCCCCGCGCCGCCAGCCGCGCUCUGGACGGCAGCCGAGCAGGCGCCCAGCGGGAUGAGCCCGAGCCAGGGACUUGGCGACCCCCGGCGCCCUCGCCGGGCGCACGCUGGUUGGGGAGCGCCCUGCACGGCCGGGGCCCGCCGCGCGCCCGGAAGCCGGGGGAGGGCGCCGCGGCGGAGACCCUGUGGCCUCGGGACGCCCUCCUCUUCGCCGUGGACAACCUGAACCGCGUGGAAGGGCUGCUGCCCUACAACCUGUCUUUGGAAGUAGUGAUGGCCAUCGAAGCGGGCCUGGGCGAUCUGCCGCUCUUGCCCUUCUCCUCCCCAAGCUCUCCGUGGAGCAGUGACCCUUUCUCCUUUCUGCAGAGCGUGUGCCACACCGUGGUCGUGCAAGGGGUGUCGGCGCUGCUCGCCUUCCCCCAGAGCCAGGGCGAGAUGAUGGAGCUCGACUUGGUCAGCUCUGUCCUGCACAUUCCAGUGAUCAGCAUCGUGCGCCACGAGUUUCCGCGGGAGAGUCAGAAUCCCCUUCACCUACAGCUGAGUUUAGAAAAUUCAUUAAGUUCUGACGCUGAUGUCACUGUCUCAGUCCUGACCAUGAACAACUGGUACAAUUUUAGCUUGUUGCUGUGCCAGGAAGACUGGAACAUCACCGACUUCCUCAUCCUUACCCAGAAUAAUUCCAAGUUCCACCUCGGGUCUAUCAUCAACAUCACCACCAACCUCUCCUCCACCGAGGACCUCUUGAGCUUCCUGCAGGUCCAGCUUGAGAGUAUUAAGAACACCACGCCCACAAUGGUGAUGUUUGGCUGUGACAUGGAAAGUAUCCGACGGAUUUUUGAAAUUACCACCCAGUUUGGAGUAAUUCCCCCUGAGCUUCGUUGGGUGCUAGGGGAUUCUCAAAACGUCGAGGAACUGAGGACAGAAGGUCUGCCCCUAGGGCUCAUUGCUCAUGGAAAAACAACAGAGUCCAUCUUUGAGUACUAUGUACAAGAUGCCAUGGAGCUGGUCGCAAGAGCUGUAGCCACAGCCACCAUGAUCCAGCCAGAACUUGCUCUUAUUCCCAGCACGAUGAACUGCAUGGAUGUGGAAACUGCAAAUCUCACUUCAGGACAAUAUUUAUCAAGGUUUCUAGCUAACACCACUUUCAGAGGCCUCAGUGGUUCCAUCAGAGUAAAAGGUUCCACUAUCAUCAGCUCAGAAAACAACUUUUUCAUCUGGAAUCUGCAACAUGACCCCAUGGGAAAGCCAAUGUGGACCCGCCUGGGCAGAUGGCAAGGGGGGAAGAUUGUCAUGGACUAUGGAAUAUGGCCAGAGCAGGCCCAGAGGCACAAAACCCACUUCCAACAUCCAAGUAAACUACACCUGAGAGUGGUUACCCUGAUCGAGCAUCCAUUUGUCUUCACGCGGGAGGUAGAUGAUGAAGGCUUGUGUCCUGCUGGCCAACUCUGUCUAAACCCCUUGACUAAUGACUCUUCUGUAUUGGACGGCCUUUUUAGCAGCCUCCAUAGCAGUAAUGAUACAGUGCCCAUCAAAUUCAAGAAGUGCUGCUAUGGAUAUUGCAUUGAUCUGCUGGAAAAGCUAGCGGAAGACAUGAACUUUGACUUUGACCUCUAUAUUGUUGGGGAUGGCAAGUAUGGAGCCUGGAAAAAUGGGCACUGGACUGGGCUGGUGGGUGAUCUUCUGAGUGGGUCAGCCCACCUGGCAGUCACUUCCUUCAGCAUCAAUACUGCACGAAGCCAGGUGAUCGAUUUUACCAGCCCUUUCUUUUCCACCAGCUUGGGCAUCUUAGUGAGGACCCGAGACACAGCGGCUCCCAUUGGAGCCUUCAUGUGGCCACUCCACUGGACAAUGUGGCUGGGGAUUUUUGUGGCUCUGCACAUCACUGCCAUCUUCCUCACUCUGUAUGAAUGGAAGAGCCCCUUUGGUAUGACUCCCAAGGGGCGAAAUAGAAGUAAAGUCUUCUCCUUCUCUUCAGCCUUGAAUGUCUGUUAUGCCCUCUUGUUUGGUAGAACAGCAGCCAUCAAACCCCCCAAAUGCUGGACUGGCAGGUUUCUAAUGAACCUUUGGGCCAUUUUCUGUAUGUUUUGCCUCUCUACAUACACGGCGAACUUGGCUGCUGUCAUGGUAGGCGAGAAGAUCUAUGAAGAGCUUUCUGGAAUACAUGAUCCUAAGCUACAUCAUCCCUCUCAAGGCUUCCGCUUUGGAACUGUCCGGGAAAGCAGUGCUGAAGAUUAUGUGAGGCAAAGCUUCCCAGAGAUGCAUGAGUAUAUGAGAAGGUACAACGUCCCAGCUACCCCUGAUGGAGUGGAGUUUUUGAAGAAUGAUCCAGAGAAACUAGACGCCUUCAUCAUGGACAAAGCCCUUCUGGAUUAUGAAGUGUCAAUAGAUGCUGACUGCAAACUUCUAACAGUGGGGAAGCCAUUUGCUAUAGAAGGAUAUGGCAUUGGUCUUCCACCCAACUCUCCACUGACCUCCAAUAUAUCCGAGCUAAUCAGUCAGUACAAGUCUCAUGGGUUCAUGGAUGUGCUACAUGACAAGUGGUACAAGGUGGUUCCCUGUGGAAAGAGAAGCUUUGCUGUCACUGAGACUUUGCAAAUGGGCAUCAAACACUUCUCUGGACUGUUCGUGCUGCUGUGCGUCGGAUUUGGUCUGUCCAUCUUGACCACCAUUGGUGAGCACAUAGUGUACAGGCUGCUGCUUCCACGAAUCAAGAACAAAUCUAGGCUGCAGUACUGGCUCCACACCAGCCAGAGAUUACAUAGAGCACUCAACACAUCAUUUGUAGAGGAAAAGCAGCAGCGUUUCAAGACUAAACGUGUGGAAAAAAGGUCCAAUGUGGGACCCCAUCAGCAUUCCAGUGUGUGGAAUACUUCCAGUCUGAGUCAUGACAACCGACGGAAAUACAUCUUUAGUGACGAAGGAGGACAAAACCAGCUGGGCAUCCAGGCCCACCAGGACAUCCCACUCCCUCCGAGAAGAAGAGAGCUCCCUGCCUCGCUGACCACCAAUGGAAAGGCGGACUCCGUAAAUGGAGCUCGGAACUCAGUGAUGCAGGAACUCUCAGAGCUCGAGAAGCAGAUUCAGGUGAUACGGCAGGAGCUGCAGCUGGCUGUGAGCAGGAAAACGGAGCUGGAAGAGUAUCAAAGGACAAACCGGACUUGUGAGUCCUAGGUGACCAUGCUGCUCCCCUUCUCAGUUCCUGGCAUUCCUCUGAGCCCUUGAGACACUUUGUAAUGCUCUUUUGUAACUACGGACACAAGUGUUUGGAAGGUGAGGUCUAAGUCUUCUUAGAGGUCAAGUCUGCUCAUCCCAUGGCCUAAAACGCAACCACAGCUCUUCAGAAGCUGACUCUCUAGCUCUCCAGGGUAGGGGUAUUUCAAGAGCAGGGAUCAUAAAUUAGUCAGGAGUAAACUGCGUGGUAAAGGGUCUGUAAAUGACCGGGCAACCCCAGCUCCUGAAAAUCUUUUCAUCAGGUGCCACACACAUAGUUCUGGGUUUUAGCCCUUUCUCUGCCCUAACACCACCAGGAGAUAAAACUGUUCCUCAUACCUGGUUUUAAUCUUAGUAUAGAACAGGAUUAUCCAGGGUUGGGGCUUUUGAUACAAGUCUCCCAUCUACAUUUGUUCCUGCAUUCUGAAUGUAGAGCCAGAUAAGGGCAAGAGAAACUUAGGGCAGUGAGGCGGGUAUGUAAAACAUUAAGUGAACUCAUUAGCAUCACAGCAGACCAAGGACUGACUGGAUCAGGCAACAGCCAUGUUUUUGAGAGGGUCCUGGAUCUCCGACACCAUCCUGACCCACAUUUAGUAGGACUAUGAAAGGGGAGAGGGAGGUGGUGAGUGAGUGGGAACAGGACAGACAGAAGAGGUGAGUACAUUAAAAAUGUACACCAUGCUGAAGAACAAAAGCUCCAGGCCAGAAAAGCUCUUUGGCUAAGGAAUGAAUAGGACUGUACUUCCAAUCUAAGCAUCUCCACUAGAGUGUGCCUUUUAUAAAGAAAAGCAAAGCACGGAUGUGGCCUUAGGAUGAUACUGGAAUAUCCCUGCUUAUUGCCUGUACAGGACAUGUGAGCUGGCACUGUGGGUGAAGUGAAAAUGCUCUGCAAACCACAUUCCAGGCCAUUUUCAAAUCAGCACUUGCCUCAGCUCUAGGAAUCCCAAAAUCAAACCUCCCCUGCAAACACCAAGCUUUACCAUUUGGGACUGUCCCCUGUGUUGUCCAGAGCUAUAUUGGUCACUACCAAGUCCGUCUCCCAGCCCCGUACCCACUCAUGCCUGAGGGGCUGUGACCAGGUGUGGUCCCUCCCUUCUCCCCCAGGCCCCACCCAAUGCCCCGAGAAAGUGAUACCAGUACCCUGGCUUCCCCCCGUGCCGGCAUCCUUGUCCUGGUUGCCAUGAUGUGGACAUGCGUGCAGGAAGGGAAAGUCCUGGCCAACUAUGGAACAUCAGUUCCCAGGGCUAGCGUAAGUAGGAAGCAUCUAGGAACCCAUUAGAACGUGAUUGCCAGGGCCUUCCCCAGCAGAUGGGGUGAGCUGGGGAGUCUGGAGGGGAGCUCAGAGACCUACUCCUUAACAAACUCUCCCAGGUGAUUGACAGGUGUGAUCCAACAAUUACUUUUUAAGAAACACUUCAAGAAGUAUGGCUGCUCCAGGCCUGGGGAGAAGUAAGAGCCUUUCUGAGUUUAUGUUGCAGCACACAGCUGCUGACUGACCUUCCAUACAGCCACUUCCACCCCAGGGCACCAUUCAGGACUAGACUUCUUUACUUACCAGUUAUUUUGCUCCGCCCUCAUAGCAAAUGGAACGCCCACAAUGAAUUCACAGCACUGUCCCAAAGCACUGUGCUCUAACAGCUGCACAUCAUUGGAAAGGCUCCUCAAUCACAAAAUUUCUCCUGUGUUUCUGCCAAGCACUACCCAGUCCCGAGGGAAAGAUAAUUCCUUAAGCUGUAAUUAGAUAACACUUUAGUUAAUUGUCCGAGAAAGCCCUGGGGUGGAUGUAGGCACAGAGAUACUGAUGAGAGAGGUGGGAAGGGUCGACUUGGACUUCAGCCUCACAGAUGAAACAGAACGGGGAGCCCUGGAAACAGAAAGGACAAUUCUGCCUUGAAAUGCCCUAUCCUCCCAUGUUCUCGCCCCAGGCCCAGAAAUAGGUUUGCAACUGUCUUUGGAAAAUUAUACCAGGUAGCCAUCCCUACCCAUCUGCAACAGCUGAUGAUGCUGUAGACUCUUGCCAUCAUGCUCUGCGCUCCCCAAACCUCUGCGCGGCCUGGAAGGCUGAUGUACAGGUGUACCUCAACUCACGUAACAGCCAUGCUCCUAAUGUACAUAGACAUUUUUAUAACUCAGCUCAUAUUCUGACUGUACUUGAGAAGCUGGCUAUUUAAAGGAACCCAGAGGUGAAUUCUUUUGUAAAAAAUCCUUUUGUAAUGCAAUUAUCCCCUAACGUAUCUGUUUUGUAAGUUUGGAUUUUUGUAUAACAGGUUUACCUUAAGCUUCUCUCCUGGGGCGUUCUGAGCAGUGGUAACAUGCCAGACGGCCCUGCCUAUCCACAAAGUAGAUGGCCAGUGCACAGCUUCUCGAAUAUCUUCUGAGGAACUUCUUGGCCAAAAUGGUGGCCAGGAUGCGGCAAGCAGCAGCAGGGGCUGAAAGCAGACUUACUGCUGUCCGCAUUGCUUAAAAUGCUUCCAUUUUCUGGAUAAAAAGAAACAGCGUAAUUGCUUGUGGUGAGAUGAAGCUGUCUUAAGUAGCAAUGAUUGUUUUUAUCGGUAGUAAUUGAACAGUGUUUUGCAAUGUGUGAAACAGUGUGUUAUGUUUUAUAGAGUUCAUGAAAUGGAGGGUCCUUUGAAAACCCUCCUUUCUGUUCUCCACCUCUGUUCUUUCAGCUCCCCUUAGGCUCAAAAACCACAAAGAUCAAAAUCUUCAGGGGGAGGGUGGUAUUUUACUAAGGAAAAAAGAUCAGGGAUGCUACCUUGCCUCCUCUUCUGGGCUUCUGUUUCAUGAGAUCAGGAAGGCCCGUUCUUUUCCAAUCCAAGCUCUGGUGUGGUGAAACCUGGAACCUGACAGCCUGAUUGUGUUACACACCCCAUCCUGUGUCCCAAGGGAAAUUCCUCUGGCACAGGAAGCACACAGUCAAGUACGACGGGGUGAUCAGGAACUGGGGUGAUCAGGAACUGAUAGGGCUACACUUUGGUUCCUGUCAAUAAGGGCCCCAGAGUGUGGAUGCCUCGAGGUGGAGAGGCAAGGGGAUCCUUCCAGCCCUUAAAGAGGAGUUGGAAGAAUGGGAAGACAAGUGAGGCAGCCACAGGGAUACAACCAGUUGAGCUCUUCAACAUGCCUGGAGGGGACUCUCCAUUAUUCAUGGAUCCUGCUGUUGCACAAGCCCUAGCUGGGAGCUUCCGCUUCUGUGCCAACCAGAGCAGCCAUCAAGUAAAACUGAGGCGUGUCUUCCAGGCUGGGGGCUUCCAGUGUUGGUGCUGGGUCCAACAAAGUCUUGGCACUAAUACGCACGUCCUAGGUGUGGAUAAAGAAUGAAGGGGAAAGAAAGUACUUUAGAGCCUCUCUUCCUCCCAACUCAUUUUUGAUAGGCAAACCAGAAAAUCCAGUAGUCAUGGAAAGAACCGCUUCACGACCUGCUCUGUUGAGUUGUUCCUUUCUUCACCAACACCACCCAUCUAAUCCAGGACUCCUUCACUUUUUCAGUUUAGUCCCCAAUCGUUUUAUGAAAAUAACGUAUUUAGAAGUAUUUUCUUAAGGUUUGUAAAGAGUGUUUGCAUUGUGUCUUCAUUGUACUGUGUGUGCGCAAUCGCUCCGCUCCAGGAAGAAUUGAAAUGCUGUCUCGUGAGCAUGAAGUGAACAGGCUGUUUUGCUCCAGCCACUUUUCUUGUACAAUCAUGUGGAUGGACUAGAUGUCCUCAGGUCUUUUCCAUCUUCAGUUUCUAUGACUGUGGAAUAAAUGUUCAGAUAGAAACUUCA